CGCGCCCACGGCCGGACGAACGAACUAAUGGCGAGGCCGCACGCCGUGGUGGUGCCGCACCCGAGCUCCGGUAACAUCAACCCGGCGCUCCAGCUGGCCAAGCUGCUGCACCACCACGGCGUCUACAUCACCUUCGUCAACACCGAGCACAACCACCGCGUCAUGGAGGCCACGGAGGGCGCCGCCGCAGUGCGUGGCCGCGAGGGGUUCCGGUUCGAGGCGAUCCCGGACGGGCUGGUGGAAGCUGACCGGGACGCCGAGGACUACGACCUCAGGCUGUCUGCCGCCACGAGCCAGCGGUGGGCGGAGCCUGUGAAGGAGCUCCUCCUCCGGCUCAACGGCACCCCGGGCGUGCCGCCGGUGACGUGCGUGCUGCCGACGUCGCUGAUGAGCUUCGCGCUGGACGUGGCGCGGGAGCUGGGCGUGCCGAGCAUGGUGCUCUGGGCUUGUAGCGCCGCAUCGCUGAUGGCCCACAUGCGGCUGCGGGAGCUAAAGGAAAGAGGCGUGCCACUCAAAGACGGGAGCUGCUUGACGAAUGGGCACCUGAGUAGGACGAUCAUCGAUUGGAUCCCGGGCAUGCCGCCGAUCAGCCUCGGAGACAUCUGCAGCUUCGUCCGCACGACCGACCCGGACGAUUUUGGCCUCCGUUUCAGCACGGUGGAGGCCAACGGCUGCACCAAGGCCGACGCGCUCAUCCUCAACACCUUCGACGACCUAGAAGCCGACGUCCUCGCCGCCCUCCGCGCCGAGUACCCACGCAUCUACACCAUCGGUCCCGUAGGCUCCAUCCUCAACCACCACCUAAGGGACGACGGUGCCUCCGCCAGGCGCCAGCUGCUGAACCUGCGGAAGCAGGACAGCCAGUGCCUUGCAUGGCUGGACACGCAACAACCGGCCUCCAUCGUGUACGCCAACUUCGGCAGCCUCACGGUCCUCUCCAUCGACCAGCUCGCCGAGUUCGCCUGGGGCCUCGCCGCCAGCGGCCACCCGUUCCUCUGGUCCAUCAGGGACAACCUCAUCCCCGGCGUCGGCGCCGGUACAGCCUCAAGUGUGCUCGUUUGA